UCUUUUACAGCUGUUCAGCAUGUUUUGACAAAAGAUGUUAUUAUCGCGCGAAUGUGGAUAUUAUUAUGUAACACUAUUGGUAACACAGAGUCUCGCGAUGACGUUGAUGACAGUCUAAAAUGGUCUAAACUUUUUAAUAAGAGUGCCACGAUAUAUACUGUAAUUUGUGCGCUGUCCUAGGGUUAGAAAGUUUCAGCCAUGGCAUACCCGUUUAUUAUAAAUCUCCGAAUCGCCUGAUACGCGCACGUUAAAUUAAUACAAUUAAUUCUGACGCACGGACGAGAAGUUGGCGCCUGAUUUCGUUUGCAGCUUGUACGACUACGAUUUUCCUCUCUAUUUAUCUUAUCCGUUCCUUCAAGAGCGCGAUGUACGGCUCCACUGAUCCAGGAUCAGAAAUAAAUCCAGAGGUACAACGAUGGUUCUCCACAGUGGACAAAGACGGAAGCGGACGAAUAACUGCUGCAGAAUUGCAGUCGGCAUUGGCCAACGGUCAAGGGGGUACUUUUUCUGACACAGCGUGCAAAUUAAUGAUCGGCAUGUUUGACAAAGAACAUGAUGGUACUAUAAACAUCACGGAAUUUCAAGCUCUUUACAAUUACAUAAAUGCUUGGCUUGGCGUAUUUCGUGGCUUUGACCAUGACAAUUCGGGUAGUAUACAAGAGAGUGAAUUAAACGCAGCCCUAACACAAAUGGGCUAUAGGCUUAGUUCGGAGUUUAUUCAAUUCCUCAUAAAAAAGAGUGAUGUUCGUGGUCAUCAGUCCAUUACUGUCGACCAAUUUAUAGUAUUGUGUGUUCAAAUACAGAGGUUUACAGAGGCAUUUAGAACAAGAGAUACGCAACAAACUGGAUCAAUUACUAUUGGAUUUGAAGACUUUUUGGGAGUAGCUCUUAGUUGCAGUAUAUAACAUCUUCAUAUCUUGAUAAUAAUAUAGUUAAAUUACUUUUAUAUACCUAUGUAUGUUGAAAAAGUUAUUGUUUAGGUUUAGGUUUACAAGUUCAGGGACUAAAAGUUCUAUUUUUUUAUCUUAGGAGAUAAUGUAAAAUGGCGGUUCAUAUGUAUAAGUAUUUGGGCUUCUUAGGUUUAAGAUAUCUAUUUGUACUUGGAAAUUUCUCUAUGUUCUUUUCGCCACUAAGCUUCGCCGCUAAUAAUUUAAUUAAUUUUAACGAUAUUUUUAAAGUAAGAUAAGAUUAUUGAUAAAUACAAGAAACGCCAAAAAAUUAUGCUUAAAUUAUGCUUAUGCCGAUUCUGCUGAUGUAAGGGUGAAAUCACACGAUGCAAAACAGUACCUCAAAUGACAAUGAAACGGUUUUACUUUUACAUUCAUAUAUGUUAAUAAUAUUACUUAACGAAAUGUUUAAAUAAAAAUAAAUAUCACAUGACAAAAACACAAUACAUUAUAUUGGGCAAUAUCCCACGGCUUUUUGUGUGUUACCAAGUGUUACUAAGACCCUUGUACUAUCGAAUGUUCACGUGUGUUUAUAAUUACUAUCUUUAUCUAUAAGGAUACAGAUGUGAAGUUCUAUCUGGAGGUAUGCUUGAAAUAAAUAAGAAUUUUCUUUAUACAGAUACUUUGAGAAUAAUACAGAUGUUUCAAAUUUACGAGACUACAAAGU